AUGCGUCUCCAGCUGGAGGCCAUAUCUGUUCUCACUAGAGAGUCCUCGCAGGAAAACCUUGCUCUACAGGGUCAUCUCAUGAGCAGCCUUACCCAUGUGGACGCGCGAGUAGCCCGUGUUGAGGAGCUUUUACGCGAUCAAGCUCAGAGGGUCCAAGAAGGCCAGUUUACACAAGUCGGGCCUCUAUAUAACGUUGUAGCUGCAAGGCGACGUGUGUCUCAUUCUAAGAAAGCUGUUACGCCUAGAAACAGGCAACCGGAAGGGUCCAGUACUGGUAUCACACCCUAUAGGCUUCGAUGCGCUCCAGGAUGCGCUUGUGCCUGCCACACCCAGCUUAAGACGGCCUCUCCUGGCCUUCUCAAUCGCCUUUUUGGUCAGAUGUUCAUUGGUUACUCGGGGAUUCCUUACCUAUCUCCGAGUUGUGAUAUCGAUACCUGCACUAAAUACCGUGCCAGUAAGGUUAGUAUGGAAUACUGGUUCCCCAUGGGAUUCACAUCGACAAUCCUUCGCAUACAGGCCGGAUACCAAGCAAAUACUGGCCUCCUUUUCCAACUCCAGACUUUAAGAAGUGUCCCAAACGAUGCUCAAUGCGUCAAGUUCGCACUGGAUGGAAACAUCGAGGGUCUCAAAUACCUUUUUGCCAAUGGGUUAGCCUCCCCUCGAGAUGUGAGCCCUUCAAGGGGCUAUACCCUCCUACGAUGGGCCCUAUAUGGGAAAAAAUAUGCCACUUGUGAAUUUCUGAUCCACGCUGGUGCAGACCCGGACUAUCGACCCGUAGCUGCGUCUGAUAAUAGCCCACGCAUCAAGGCCUGUCAUUUCCUGCUCGAAGGCGGUCUUCCAGAUGCGGGUACCGAUGCGCUGCGUUUAAUUUCUAGAGGAGGACAUUAUGAUGACUUCAUUGAUGAGUCGAAUUUCACGCAGGUCCAUCGAAUCGUCCUUGGGCUAUCACUUCACAGCUUGGAAGAAGAGCUUAAGCUGCACCCUGAAGAUAUAAAUGUUCAGGACGCUAUGGGCCGGACGCCGUUGGCUUGGGCAGCAGCUCGGGGAGAUAGUUAUUCUGUGGUGACCUUGCUAAGCCACGGAGCAGAUCCAAACAUCAUAGAUGUGCAGAUAUCCGGACCAGUGUCAAACGCAGCAGCGCGGGGCUACACAGCAUGUGUUCGGUUGCUGCUAGAAGCCGGUGCGCACCCCGAUCCCCAAACGCCACCAGGAAUAAAGAAGGGCUCUCCCCUGAACGUUGCCGCCCGCAAUGCUACCGAUGUCCUCCUUCUUAAAACCCUCCUAGAUUUCGGGGCAGACCCUGACUCAAGUGGGACCGAUGGAGAUACUGCACUUAUACACGCAGCUCGAACGGACAAUGCUAGCUUUGCAUUGCUGUUCCUUGAGUAUGGAGCAGAUAUCAACUAUGUCUCAACAACAGGAGCUACUCCUUUAACUACAGCCAUCACUUAUAAUAGCCACAACGUUCUGCGUCUAAUUCUUGACAGGUGGCAUGAAUAUUGUGACUGCCCGCGUUUAAAGGCCCCUCAUCUACUUCAGGCUAUAGCCCUUUAUGCAGAUGUCGAGAUAAUUGAAAUCAUCGCUAACAUGGAACACCUCCAGUCGAGACAAGAUAGAGAAUACACGAUGGGAGACUUUAGCAGCCGCCUACGGCAAAGGCCCGACCUCUCCGAAGAGCUGACUCUUGCUUUCGGUGGCUUGCUGGAUAUCAUCAAUGAUAGCCCAAAACGUAAAGGAUGCCCUGAGAAGUUGCUUGAAUCUGGUCUCCUGUCUCCAGUAUUCACAGGCAGAGGUAAACUUGUCGAGGACGAUCAAGAUAGUCCGGGCUCUGGUUGUUUCUUUUCCUGUCCCGCAUCUCCUGCCGAUUCCUGCGUCUUUGUCGAGGGAGAUACCCCGGUUACGGCAUUAGACGACUGCCCUCCGAAAUCUGCGGUGGAUAUUAAAACAGAACCCUGUAUCUCCUAA